AUGGCCGGAGGGCCUCUCCAGAAGUUGCUCCUGCUCGUCGGUCACGAGGCGCUGACCUACUGGCUGCUUCGGCCACCCGAGCCUCCGACGCCGAUCUGCCCGCCGUGCGAGUGCAAGUGCCCGGCGGCGAGGGAGCCGUGGGCCGCGGUGCCGACGAACGCCGAGGAGGCGGACCCGCAGUGUAGCUCGCUGCCCCACGCCUUCGGCGCCGGCGCCAUGGCGAUCGCCCUGCACGCCGCCGUGGACUCGGAGUUCUGGAAGACCCUGAUGCUGGGGUCCUGGCUGCUGGUGUGGUACGGCGACGACCACGUGUGGCAUGAGAGGCUGGCGGCGUGGCCGGUCCAGGGCGCCCAGUGGGUUUUGCAGACGCCAGACAAGGAAGUGUACGCGGAGUACCUGGACGGGUCGGACCCGGAUGGCCUCGAGCGCGCCAUCCCGCUGCUG